AUAAUAAAGGAGGAAAAAUAAAUAAAUAAUACUACAAAAGAGGAUAAAAUUAAAUAUAUAUAUAUAUAUAUAUUUGAAGCGUAUUUAUCGGAUGAAUCAGACUUUGCGGUGUCCAGCAAACGUGCUUGAAGAAAAAUAAAUAAAAAAAAGAAGGAGAAGGAGAAGGAUAGUCAUCCAGGUCGUGGAAGUGGUGGUAAUGGAUUAGUAGUAGUAGUAGUAGUAGUACUAGAAGAAGUGGAUGGUGCUACUAGUCCUAUUGCUGAUUCUCUCCUAGUAUUAUUCUGAUGGUGGUGGUAAUAAUUGCGCGCGAGUGUACGAGCGCAUGGUCAGAUCGAAUAAUUGACUGUGGUAGUGUGGUAGUGGUGGGUGGUUAAAAGAGUGGUGGCAUGGUAUGGUGUAUAUUCCACAAUCUCCGGCAUAACAGAACAACGUGAUCUCACUACCGUCGCGUUUGAACACAACAAAUUUCUUACUUGUGUGUGAAUAUCUCUCCUAUAUAAACAAAUUUAUAUUUAUAAUAAUAAAUAAUCAAUGUGUCUCUCUCUAUACGUGUAACCGUUGUAUGUGAUAUGAUGAUAUGUAAUAAACACGUUUGCGAAUAAGAAUGGUUAAUAGAAGAGACCUUGUUCUUAUACAAUACACGAGGUGAAAAGUAAAGAGAGUACAUUGAUCGAUCCAAGCCACGCAAACAAGAGAAACCUUACGUAUGUGUAUGUGUUAUAUCCUUACGUGGUGUUAUAUACGUGUAUGUGCGUGAAAAUAGUCAAGGAGGCGGCCGGUUCUGUUGUAAACAAAGAAUCGAUCCAAUCGUUUUGAAAGCAUACGUACACACACACACACACACAUAUAUAUAUAUAUACAUAUAUAUUUAUAACAGUAUAUGGACUACCAGUUUCUAUUGUAAACAUAGUCAAAUCCCUUUGAAAUUCUUUGAAGUGGAUAAAAGGAUUCACGUUUAAAAGAGAAAUAAUCAUCAUCUUCCAAGAUGCCAACCGCUCAAGACACGACUACGUACCUGAUCGAAGUAAUGCCAGGAGAAACAACUCAGGAUUUUCUAUCUCACGAUGUUGAUCUACUCGUAUCGCAAAUAAAGGAAAAUUUACGAUUAAACGGAUUGAAAGCUAAAUCUAGCACAGUUAAUAGAAAUCGUGCUACACCAUAUCGAGUACCAUCGUCCCGUUCCUCAUGGGUCGACUCUAACAGUUGCGAUCUUUGUAAUGCACAAAAUCGAACUGAUAAAUUAAAUGGUGCUCAAGUACAAGAGGGUUUAGAUCAACAACAACAACAACAACAAUUGAUUCAUUAUCAACCUGAAUUUUGGCAAAUAACACAACAACAACAACAACAACAGCAGCAAUGUUGUCAUCGAUAUCAUCAUCAUCAUCAUCAUCAUUGUCAACACAGUCAUCAUCGUCAUCGUCAUCGUCAUCAACGUCAACAUCUUCAUCAUAAUUGUUCCAACAACGACAGAGAAGACGACCCUUAUGAAUUGUUACAAGAACUUUUACGAGGAGGUGGUUUGAUCAAGGAAGCUGUCAAACGAUUAAAAGCUAAUUUCGUUGAAUACAAAUGUUCAAUGGAUAAGAAACUUCAAGAGGACGACGAUGACGUCGACGACGACGAUGACGUUGACGAUGACGAUGAUGAAGAUGACGAAGUGGAGGAUGGUUUAGAAGAUGGAAUGGUUAUUAAUGGUGCAAAGGAACGUUCUAUGGUGUAUCGGAGGAAACCUUAUUUCUACGAUUCCGAAGAUGAACCAUUGGUUUACGAAUUAUGAAAGAGAUAUAAAAGACAAUUUAAAGUGUAAAAGAAAAAGAAGAAAAAGAAGAAGAAGAAGAAGAAGAAAAAAAUAAUAAUUUAAUUUAAUUUAAAUAGAAUUCGGAUUAUCUCGAUUUUAUAUCACACAUUCGAAUUCUUCAUUAAUAGAAAGAAAAAAAAAAAAAAGAAAGAAAAAAAGAAAACAAAGCGCCAAGGAAUAAUAA